GACAGCAAAAAUCCAAACUGCGAGAAGUUCGAUUUGCAUGCACCAAAUGGAGUAGUUUCUUCCCACUCACAGUUGGGAGAAUAGAUUUCCUGUUCACGCGCGUCGAUGCAGAUAUCCGUGAUUGAUGCGAAUAAAAAACACUAGCGAUUUCGAUUGAUUCAGUACAGGUACGGCGGCUUCGCAUUCCCGUCGGAGCGCAGGAUAGUACUCGACGGAGAGGAUCGAUGAUUUUGGAUCAAAAUCCCCAAUUUUCAAGGUACAGACCUGGAAUCGAAGGGAGCCGAUGGGACGAACCGAGACCGUUGAAUCAAUCGAAUCGUGCUCGCCUAUCUCUGCACGGACGGUUAUUCUAUGAACUGUGUUGAUUGAUGGGUCGGAAAGUUGAAAUAUUCAGGAAAUUUUUUAGCUGUUCGUGUGGGGACUGGACAGAAGUUGUUAGUGGAGCUGGAGGCAUGCCGCCUGUAGGAGUUCGUUUGUACAUUCAAGAUCAAUAUGUGGUAAUAGACAAUGGAAUUCUACAAGUGACUAUAUCAAACCCGGAUGGAAUUGUUACUGGAGUUUGUUACAAUGGGGUAGACAAUUUGCUAGAAGUUCUCAACAAUGAGAGUAACAGAGGGUAUUGGGAUGUGGUGUGGAAUGCAUUGGAUGGAAGUGGCAAAGCAGGAGUGUUUGAAGUCAUCAAGGGAACAGUUUUUAGAGUUGUAAGGGAAAGUGAGGAGCAAGUGGAAGUUUCAUUCUCCAGGCCAUGGGAUCCAUCUAUGCAGGGAAAGCUUGUUCCUUUAAAUAUAGACAAGAGGUUCAUUCUGUUACGUGGUUGCUCGGGAUUCUACACCUAUGCAAUAUAUGAACAUGUGGGCUCAAUGGAUUGGCCUGCUUUCAGCCUUGGUGAAACCAGGAUUGCAUUCAAACUUCGAAAAGACAAGUUUCACUACAUGGCCGUGGCAGACAACAGAAAAAGAUUUAUGCCUCUUCCUGAUGACCGACUACCAGGAAGAGGCCAACCUCUUGCCUAUCCAGAGGCAGUCCUACUCAUUAAUCCUGUGGAUCCUCAGCUAAAAGGAGAAGUUGAUGACAAGUACCAAUAUUCGAGCGAUAACAAGGACCUUAAGGUUCAUGGAUGGAUUUCCAUGGAUCCCCCGGUAGGAUUCUGGCAAAUCACACCUAGCGAUGAGUUCCGCUCUGGUGGACCUCUUAAACAAAAUCUUACCUCCCAUGUUGGACCCACAACAUUGGCUGUGUUCCUCAGUGCUCACUAUGCAGGAGAUGAUUUGGUUCCAAAAUUCGGUCAGGGCGAACCAUGGAAGAAAGUUUUUGGCCCAGUUUUCAUGUAUGUUAACUCAGUGAUGACUGGACAAGAUCCAUUAACCCUAUGGGAUGAUGCAAAACGGCAGAUGCUGGUUGAAGUCCAAAGCUGGCCUUACACUUUUCCAGUAUCGGAGGACUUCCUUACAGCAGAUCAAAGGGGUAAUGUCAGCGGUAAAUUAUUGAUCUCGGACAGGUAUGUGAGUAAUGAUAGUUUCCCAGCAAAUGGCGCGUAUGUUGGCUUGGCACCCCCUGGAGGUAUUGGAUCCUGGCAGAGAGAAUGCAAGGAUUACCAAUUUUGGACAAGAACAGAUGAUUUGGGACAUUUUUCCAUCAACAAUAUCCGCCCCGGUAACUACAAUCUUUAUGCAUGGGUCCCAGGCUUCAUUGGAGAUUAUCGGAACGAAGCUGCCAUAUCCAUAACUCCUGGUUCUCAAAUUGACAUAGGGAACUUAGUAUUCGAGCCUCCCAGAGAUGGCCCGACUUUGUGGGAAAUAGGCAUCCCUGAUCGUACUGCUGCAGAGUUUUAUGCUCCCGAUCCCGACCCAAAAUAUGUUAACAGACUCUUCAUAAACCACCCUGACAGGUUUAGACAGUACGGGCUGUGGGAUCGGUACACUGAAAUGUACCCUAAAGACGAUCUAGUUUACACAGUCGGCGAGAGCGACUAUAGAAAGGAUUGGUUCUUUGCACAGGUUAACAGGAAAAAAGAAGACAACACGUAUCAAGGAACCACAUGGCAGAUCAGAUUCCAACUGGACAAUGUAGAUCAAUCCGGAGCCUACAAAUUGCGCGUGGCCCUUGCUUCUGCAUCCUUAGCAGAACUGCAGGUUAGAGUGAACAAUCCAAACACGAACCGUCCCCUGUUUACGAGUGGCCUGAUCGGGAGGGAGAACUCGAUCGCGAGGCAUGGCAUCCAUGGAUUGUACUGGCUGUACAAUGUCGAUGUACAGGCUGGUUUGCUGCAGCCGGGUAUGAACACAAUAUACUUGACUCAGCCCAGAAGCCAGAGCCCUUUCCAGGGGCUAAUGUACGACUAUAUUCGACUCGAAGCUCCCGGGAGUCUGCGUGGCGCAUAGCUUGUGGUUCCUUUUUUCGAGCAAGAAAGAUAAGAGUUGCAGCUAAAGAGUUUGUUUUAACAUUGCAUUAUCUUAGCAGCUGAGCUUAAGCUGCUAUUUUAUAGUCGUCGUCGUCGAUCGAAUUCGAGGUUGAAUCUAGUUUCUCAAUAUGAUUUGACAACAAAAUGGGUAUGCUUAACGUGCAAUUUUGUUGGGCGUUAUGACCAUUUUUAUUGUCGAUAUUGUGGUUUUAUGAUUUUAACAUAGGGAAGUUAACUUAGAAUUAUUUUCAUUUCAUUGAACUACUAGGAAAGAUUGCAAGUAACGUUAGCAAUGCAUGUACUGAGUAAUUUUUAAGUGAAGCAAUAUGGUAUUAAUAUUAUU